AUGCGCCACAAUUGGCGUGCACGCAAGAAAGACCGCCCGGUGCUCCAGCAGUUCUCUCUCCGGCUGUACCGCGCCAUGUCCAAGAGCGGCUCGAACGUGUUCGUGUCGCCCUUCGGCACGGCCGUGGCCCUGGUCAGCGCUCUGGCGGGCUCCAGGGGCGACACGGCGGACCAGAUCCUCAAGGCCCUGGGGGUGUCCAACGAGGACGAGCUCCUGCACGAGUUUGACACCAUAGGCCGGGCCCUGGGACAGCUGUCCGAGAACCACGUCGGCCUCGCCAACAAGAUGUACCUCUCGACCAGCCUCGAGCUCGCAGACUCCUUCAAGGAGGCCAUCCACCGAGACUUCUACGCCCAG